GACCCCCGACCGCCGGAGCCCCCCGCCGCCGAGGUUCCUGCUGCCAGCCACCGCCUCCCCCCCCCAUCGCCAUGCACUCCUUGGACGAGCCGCUCGACCUGAAGCUGAGCAUCACCAAGCUCCGGGCGGCGAGAGAGAAGCGGGAGAGGACGCUGGGUGCAGCCCGGCAGCGUGCUCUGCACAGAGAGCUCGGCUUGGUGGACGACAGCCCCACGCCGGGCUCUCCGGGCUCCCCACCCUCAGGCUUCCUGCUGAACCCCAAGUUCCCUGAGAAGGUGGAGGGGCGCUUUUCAGCAGCCCCCCUGGUAGACCUCAGCUUGUCACCGCCAUCUGGGCUGGACUCCCCCAACGGUAGCACCUCACUGUCCCCUGAGCGCCAGGGCAACGGAGACCUGCCUGCAGUGCCCACAGCCCCGGACUUCCAGCGCUGUUUGGACGGUGUCCCCAGCUCCUUCCACUUCUUCCUGCCCCUGGGCUCUGGUGGCGCUCUGCACCUGCCCGCAUCCUCCUUCCUCAGCUCCCCCAAGGACAAGUGCCUCUCGCCAGAGCUGCCCCUGCCUAAGCAGCUGGUGUGUCGCUGGGCCAAGUGUAACCAGCUCUUUGAGUUCCUGCAAGACCUGGUGGACCAUGUCAACGACCACCAUGUCAAGCCUGAGAAGGACGCCGGGUACUGCUGCCACUGGGAGGGCUGUGCCCGCCACGGCCGGGGCUUCAACGCCAGGUACAAGAUGCUCAUCCACAUCCGAACGCACACCAACGAGAAGCCGCACCGCUGCCCCACCUGCAACAAGAGCUUCUCCCGCCUGGAGAACCUGAAGAUCCACAACCGGUCCCACACCGGUGAGAAGCCCUAUGUGUGCCCCUACGAGGGUUGCAACAAGCGUUACUCCAACUCCAGUGACCGCUUCAAGCACACGCGCACCCACUACGUGGACAAGCCCUACUACUGCAAGAUGCCCGGCUGCCAUAAGCGCUACACGGACCCCAGCUCGCUGCGCAAGCACAUCAAGGCCCACGGCCACUUCGUGUCCCACGAGCAGCAAGAGCUCCUUCAGCUGCGUCCUACCCCAAAACCUCCACUGCCUGCCCCCGACGGCGGCCCCUACGUCAGUGGGGCCCAGAUCAUCAUCCCCAACCCUGCCGCCCUCUUUGGAGGCCCCAGCUUGCCCGGCCUGCCCCUGCCCCUGGCCCCUGGCCCCCUCGACCUCAGUGCCCUGGCCUGUGGUAAUGGUGGGGGGGGUGGGACUGGAGGGGGCAUAGGUCCUGGGCUGCCGGGUCCUGUCCUGCCCCUCAACCUGGCCAAGAACCCGCUGCUGCCCUCGCCCUUUGGGGCUGGCGGACUGGGCCUGCCUGUGGUCUCCCUCCUCGCUGGCUCCGCUGGCGGCAAGGCUGAGGGGGAGAGAGGGCGUGGGUCAGCGCCCUCGAGGGCCCUGGAGGGCCGCAAGACACCCCUGGAAAGGACGGAGAGCAGCCGCUCCCGGCCAAGCCCCGACGGACUCCCUCUGCUGCCGGGCACCGUGCUGGACCUGUCCACGGGCGUCAACUCGGCAGCCAGCAGCCCCGAGGCUCUAACCCCUGGCUGGGUGGUCAUCCCGCCAGGCUCUGUGCUGCUCAAGCCAGCAGUGGUGAACUGAGCGCCCUGGCCAGCUGUGGCAGCCUAGCCAGCAGUGCCCGCCUCGACGAACAGAAACCCUCUGUGAAAUAGCAAUAAUGUCCUUGGCCGGGCUUGCUUGGCUGUACUCCUGGGCAGCCCCAGCCCAGGCAGCAAGGAUGGUGCUAGAAGGUCAUUGCUGGCUCCCCGGCUCCCGGGUGAGGACUCGGACCUGCCGUCCAGUGAGAGCUGUGCUCUUGGGUGCUGAGGCCUCCCUCCUCCACCAGACCCCAUUCCCCUUCAGCCUCCCACCCUGGUGCCUCUCAUCCAGUGGCCAACCUGGACAGGUCGCCCCCUCUCUCCCCCUCGCUCACCUGCCAGCUACAGGGUGCAGAGACCGCUGCCCCCGUCCCAGCAGUGGGGGUGUCUGCCCUCCCUGUUGGUGCCCCACCCCCUCCUGCCUAGGCUCAUCCAGCCCUGGCCCUGGCGGCUCUUUGGACCCCUUCCCUCUGGAGGGACAGCAAUAGACGCAGGCCCUGCCAAGCCACAGGAAGCAGCUCUGUUCUGCCUGCCCCAUGACAAGGCGCCUCCCAGCUUGCUCAGAGAAGGGAGGCCUGCUCUGCCCACUCUGCUAGGUGCCCUCGUCCCUCACCUAGUCCCCAUGAUAGCACUGCCCGAGGGUCGUCCCCUCUCUGGGUUGGACAGCAUUCUCCAGCGGGAGAGCUGAGCAUCCACUUGCCCCUGCCCCUGGAGCCUCCUCCCUCUACUUCUUGGGCACCCUGGGGGUGUGGAAAGCAAGGAGGGAGCCCUGAGCUGGGGAGGGCCCACAUCCAGCCCCAGGAGGUAGGAGGUGGCUUCAGACCCGGGGCCACCAAGUCACAGCAUCCAGGGGAGUUCUCUGGAGGCCACGGACUGAAGGUGCUGGAUGGGCCUGGGGCUGAAAGAGCCUGGAUUUGUGACAGGGUGUUCUCUGGCUUUUCCUUUUCCCCUUUCUUAGAGGUGUCUCUCCCCUGAUCCCCUUUGCCCAGCUGGUUCCCCCCAAAAUCUGUGUUUCUCAGAGUAAGCUAAGGAUGCUGGAGAUACAUGUACCCCACAGCCCACUGCCUGGCCUAAAAACUGGGCCGUCUCCCCACCUGGCAGUGGGGCGCCCUGGCCUCAGGGCCUGCCCUCUCACUAAGGCCACAGGAUGGCUAAGCCCUGCUGCCUCCCCACUGGCAGAGCAAAGGAGCUGCCAAUAGCAGCAAGGCACACCCCCCCCCCCACGCCCUGGACUGCCCUUCUGUCCCAGAGGGGUCACCCUGACCCGGCCCACCCUGCUGUUGGGCUCAGACCCCAGCCCUGACAGGCCCGGCUGUGCUGGCUCUGCCCCUUGAGGGGGCUGUGAGCAAGGUAGGAGGGAGCUGGUCUCCUUUCUUUGGCCCCCACCCAGGACCCAAGCACCCCACCCAUUAGGGCCCCAGGCCUUAAGUCCCCGGCUGGGGGGCCGUGGGUCUGAGCAGAGGAGGGGGCACUGGACAGUGGCAUUAGCUCGGCACGUGACUCAGCAUAGACCAGGCUUACGAGGGCCGGUGUACUCUUUGUCGUUGGUUUGUUGUUGCACAUUCCAGGAUAUCAGUAUUUUAACAGGUUCUAAGUGCCUUUCUAUUGUAGCUUAUGUUUUUCCUCCUCUUGGCUCCAUUGCUGUUAGCAUAGAGUUUAAAAAAAAAGAGAUAAGCUAAUGACUAUAACAAUAUAUUCCUCCAUGUCAGAGGAGUUUAUAAAGAAACAAUAAAAGUGAGUUGCAAGGAC